AUGUCAAGUGCUGCGUCUGACGAUGAUAAGAUUAACACUUCGCUGCUUUCAGAUGAAAUUUUAAAAGACGAAGAACUAGAAGGGUCGCAGUCUCUUUGGAAUCAGUGUUCAAUAUGUAAUAAUAGAUUCACAGAUCCUAUAAUUCUUAAUUGCCUGCACGUAUUCGAUCGAAGCUGCCUUUUUCCACAGCAAAAAUGCGAGGGACUAACGGAAUUUAUUAAAUGUCCCAGAUGUGACAGAAUUUCCGGUGGAGUCAAGACGUUACCGCCCUACGACCUUUCUCUUGUCGAUCAAUCCGAACCGGCUGAUGAGUAUUUUGACGUUGUGACAUGCUCCGUGUGCACUGAAGGCAAAGAAGCUCAGUAUCGCUGCAUCCAGUGUGAUGGAACCUUGUGUUCCAGAUGCCGCGAGACCCACAAGGUCAUGAAAUUAUUUUCAUCACACGAGGUAUUGGAUCUGACCGAAGAUGACAAAAAGUCAUUGAGUCGUGUGAAUAAUACUACACAAAAUGGCAGUUCCUCAGACUGUGCUUAUCAUCCUCAUGAUACUUAUCGCCUAUUUUGCAUGUCUUGUCGGGAUACUAAUAAAAGUCAAAUUGAGGAGAUGGUGGACGUGUGGAUGAGUGCCAUUGCUUCCGUUAAGGAGGAGUUUUUGCAAAAGAAUCGAGAGAUUCACAGUGAUAUUGAAAUGAGACUCAUGGGCCAAAUCGAGCAGAUACGGAAGGUGAUAGAUCAUAUCGAAUUUGCCAACGAGUUUUGUUCCAGCUACCUUCCCAAGUGUUCGGAUUUACAAAUCGGAAAACUAGUCAAGGUUGUAAUGGGAUGCUUGGAGUAUCUCAGAUCUGUCGAAUUCCACUCUGAUAUGCCCUCGAGGAUAAUCUUUUCCAAAGCCCACGAGAAUGUACGGAACUUCAUUCGCACUAACUUUGGUACUUUUGAUCUUCCAUCUAGUCAGGAUAAUGCCCUUGUUCUCGCCUUCCCUCCCGAUCGGUCGAUGUCUCUUAGCGCUUACCCAAUAAGUGAUAUUGCGAACGCGUUAAGCAACCUAAACGUUAACCGAAGUAUAUCCCAUGAUGACGCAUUUGUGACGCAAAAUUUGUCGCUACCCCUAAACAAUGACAAUGCCAUUGAUUCUAUCAGAAGUUCAAUGAACGGAAGUCUUUCACUUAUACCCAGCCAUCAGGAGCAAAUGGAUAAUGCUACAACUAGCAUUUCGCCAUGGGGUGAUCCAGGUACAUUUGGAACCGUUUCUACGGGAUAUAAACCGGCAACAUCUUCCAUCAAUGGUCUGCACAUUAAUCAUGGAGGAUUGAAUGCAAACAAUCUAAGCCUUCGUUCUUCACUCCAACUGGGUCUCCGCAGCGGUCUGGACCUCGACUUACCAAGUGUUCUGUCGAGACCAAGUCUGCCCAACAACUACAAUCUCUCCCUCUACGAAUACUCGAGACUGCGCUCCGCCAGGUGCAACAAUAUGGCGUUGCUGGUGAAGUUUGGAACUAUGGGAAAUGAACUAGGGCGUUUUAACUCACCUCAUGGUUUUUGUCUUGGAUUUGAUGAGGAGAUUGUUGUUGCUGACACCUACAAUCAUCGCAUACAAAUAUUUUCCAAAAGCGGUGAAUACCUUUCCUACUUUGGAGUUUCUGGCAAAGUGGACGGACUGUUGUGGUUCCCUCGAAAAGUAGCCAUAAUUCGACAAAGCCAACGCUACGUCGUGUGCGACAGGGGCAACGAGCGAUCACGAAUGCAGCUUUUUAGCCGCAGCGGACACUUUGUUCGCAGAAUACAGAUAAAGUUCAUUGAUAUUGUGGCCGGUUUGGCCAUCAAUCAACAGGGUCAAAUUGUUGCUGUGGACAGUGUUACUCCUGGAGUCUUCGUUGUGUCAGAGGAGGGUGAUCUAAUUCAUUGGCUGGACUGCAGCACUUUCAUGAAGGAACCCUCGGAUAUCGCUAUUCGUGGUCGCGAGUACUUUAUCUGUGAUUUCAAGGCUCAUUGUGUCGUCGUAAUACAAGAGGACGGGCAAUACCUCCGAACCAUUGGUGGUGAAUCUAUUACCGACUUCCCUAACGGAAUCGAUGUAAGUGGUCAAGGCGACGUUCUUGUCGGCGAUUCUCAUGGCAACAGGUUUCAUAUUGCGGUAUUCACUGGAAAGGGCGACUUAAUCAGUGAAUUUGUCUGCAUGCAAACCAAAGUUAGCCGUUCCUGUUGCCUGAAGAUCACCAAUGAGGGUUUUAUCGUGACGCUAGCGCGGAGCUCCAACAACGUCCUCAUCAUGAGCACACUCUAUCCAACUAUGAGGGCGGUGCUGGAAAUAAACAAUCCGAAGUUGGCCUGCUGCUCGUGUAAAGUCAUAAUGGAGGGCCGAGUGCCUUGUUUAAAUAGUACUACUGGUGGAAAAUUUGUUCACCUCGGGGUUCUUCUCUUCAAGGUUUGUGUGCGUACUAUUUACGUCUCCUCCUGUCGCACCCUCAGUCUGGUUAAUUAA